AUGCUUAGAACACCGGACAACAUGGGAACAAGCACGUCUUGGCUGACAGAUGUACUUCCCCUGCAGAUAACAUUAUUGAGUCUGUCUCUGAUGCUUUGCUUGGGCCUGGCUCACGCCCACGGCUUUGGCGGCAAGUUCGGUGGAGGCUAUGCACCGGUCUAUAACAACUUUGUGCCCUAUCCCGUCGCUCAACCGAUUCCAGUGCCCCAGCCCGUCCCGGUUCCAGUGGCCAUUCCGCAGCCCAUUCCCGUGCCAGUGCCCCAGCCCGUAGUGGUGCCCAUCAAGCACGGCUGGAAGGGCGGAUUCGGUGGUCUGGGCGGUGGAUUCGGUGGAUACGGUGGUGGCUUCGGUGGCGGCUUUGCAGGCUCUCAAAGCUACGCCUCCUCCUUCAGCUCUGCCAGCGCCUUUGGUGGCGGCUAUGGCAGCGGUAUCUUUAAGAGACGCUAA